AUGUCUUAUUCUAGUGCCAAAGCCAACCAACCUACUAGCAGUUUCCCUGUUCAAUCAUCUUCUACCUCUUCUACUGUUCCUACUGUUCCUCCUGAAUACUUUAAAACUUUCCCAAAUGGCAACAAACCUCUAGUUAACCCAGAUGGUUCUUUCAUGAUCUUCAAUUGGAAGAACACCAGAUCAACCCUAACAGACAAACCUUUUGUAGGCAGAAUUCCUCCACCAACUAACUCACCAAACUCACUCUUCAUUGAUCGCAAAUUCAAUCGUAUUGCAGACAGACACAUUCUUGACUACUUCAGGAAUGACCUUAUUGGUGUUGAUUUCAAACCUCAACAUCAAUUUCUUCAGCUCACCUUUAAAGAUAAACCCACCUUUGAGCAUCAUCUCAAUUCCAGUCCAGUUAAAAUCCAAGAUAAGCUCAUCCACCUCACUCCUCCUAAAAACUUCCCACGUUCUUCCCUUGUCAUCCAUCUUCAUGGUCUCCCAAUAAUGGAUAGGAAAACCAUUACUGACCAUAUUCAAUCUGCUCUUUCCCCAUUCUGUAAAAUCAAAGAAAUUGCACCAGUAGUCCUUGCAGAUACCAAUCUCUUAACCAACAAAUGGGAUGCUGUUGUUCAACCCAAUCCAAGUACCAAAAUACCUGUCCAAUUAAUGAUUUUGAAUUCUUCUGUAGCUCUUACCUGGCCUGACUCCUCAAAAAUCUGUCUUAACUGUCAUAGUCUUGAACAUACUCACAGAAUCUGUCCUCAUCGACAACCACCUAAACCAAAACCAUCUCGUACAUAUGCUCAAAUUGUUUCUACUCCCACUACCACCAACAAACAACAACAUAUUUCCAAUCAUGCUCCUUCCCAAACAGAUAGUUCUCCUUCAAACACUACUUAUGCUCUGGACAAACAAAACUCCCUGCACACAUCAAUUCAUUCACCUAAACCUCAAAUCCAUGAAUCAAAUGCCUUAUUAUCUUCUAAUGAUAACUCUUCCGGUUUCCAAUUGCAAAUCAUUGAUGAGACUGAUACUGUUAUUAAUGAAUUUGCAGAUUUCAACUCAGAAACCUCUUCCAAUAUGGAAUUAGAUACUAUUACUAAUACUAACUCUUCAUCCCCCAAUGAUUCAUACCUUCAAUCCAAUUCUAAUUCUACAGCAGCUUCCAAAAUUAACUCCUUUUCCUCUUAA